AUGCAUCUUUUUGGUGCUUUUAUAUUGGUCAUCUGCGCUGUUUUCACAGUUCAAGCUUGUAAUUCAAGACCGCAGCCAGGGCCACCAGGACCGGAUGGACCGCAGGGAAGUAAAGGAGAUCGAGGAGUACAAGGGAAUGUAGGACCUCGAGGACCGAGGGGAAAAACUGGAUCCAGAGGGGCAAACGGGCCAAAGGGAGGUAUUGGCAGACACGGACCGCCGGGAGCACAGGGUGACAAGGGAGACGCAGGACCCCGAGGACCAGCGGGAGCAGCAGGAUAA